AGAAACGGUAACUUCAACGGUCGAAAAUUUUCAAAAAGUUUCCCCUAAAAAGCAUCUCUAAACCACAGCUUUCUUCUUCAUCUUUAAAAUCGCUGAAAUACAAAAAUUCUUAUCUAAUUAGAAAAAAAAGGAAGAAAAAAUUUGGUUUUAAAGAUGUUGCAAGAUAUAUGGAACGCUCCUCCUGGUUUCAGGCCAACCAAAUCGGCUCCUGCAUCGCCGGCGAAGCCUCUGGGGAUGUCCAGAACCCGGUCAGAAUCCUUUCAUGCUAUCCACAAGGUACCAAUAGGCGACAGUCCUUAUGUCAGGGCCAAGAAUGUGCAGUUGGUGGAUAAAGACCCAGAGAAGGCGAUUCCCUUGUUUUGGGCUGCCAUCAAUGCUGGAGAUAGAGUAGAUAGUGCUUUGAAAGAUAUGGCUAUAGUGAUGAAGCAGCAGAAUCGGGCUGAAGAAGCCAUUGAAGCCAUCAAGUCACUGAGAAGUCGUUGUUCGGAUCAAGCACAAGAAUCCCUUGAUAAUAUCCUGUUGGAUCUUUACAAGAGAUGUGGAAGAUUGGACGACCAAAUAGCACUUCUGAGACACAAGCUGUAUUUGAUUCAACAAGGUCUGGCUUUUAAUGGGAAACGUACAAAAACUGCCAGAUCUCAGGGCAAGAAAUUUCAAGUCUCUGUGGAGCAAGAAGCAACUCGAUUGCUGGGGAACUUGGGGUGGGCAAUGAUGCAGCAGAAUAACUACAUUGAAGCAGAAGAAGCAUACCGGCGAGCGCUUAUGAUUGCACCUGAUAACAACAAGAUGUGCAACCUUGGCAUUUGUUUGAUGAAACAAGGGAGAAUUGCUGAGGCCAAAGAAACUUUGCGGCGAGUGAAACCGGCAGUUGCUGAUGGACCUAGAGGGGUUGAUUCUCAUCUUAAGGCCUAUGAAAGAGCACAACAGAUGCUCAAAGACCUUGAGUCUGAGAUGAUGAAUAAAGGAGGCGAUCGGGUUGAACAAAGUCGGCUGUUUGAUGCCUUUCUUGGCUCUUCAUCAAUUUGGCAGCCACAGCCUUGCAAAGAUCAUAUGGCCUUGCCAAUGACAACUGCAAAUAAAGCUCAGGAUGACUUUGCUGAUGGGAAGUCAUGGCAGUCUCAGCCUUCCAAAGAUAGAAAAAUCUUGUCUACAACUAAUGCAAUCAAAACUCAGGAUGAUUUUGCUGAUGAGAACAUUGAUUUGAACACAAUUGUGAAUCAACUGGUCCCUCCUCAGCAGAGAAGUAUUAAACAACUUCCCCCAUAUGGGAACCCAUGGAACAUUGAUGCGCCGCCGUUUUAUUCAUCCAAAUUUUUGAAGGAGCCAAUUGUGAAAGAACCAUUUGGGAAUCAAUUUCAUGAGAAAUUGAAAAGAACAAGGUCAGGAAAUUCUGCUAAUUCUAUGACAGUGAAUGACAUGGGCGAGCACACCAAGCCUUUUGCUGUAGAACCAGAAAAACCUGAAAACAAGACAAGGAGGCUAUCAACUGAAAACAAGACAAGGAGGCUAUCAACUGAAGAAGCAGACAAAAAAUUGACACAGUUUUUGCCAGACAACGAAGACUUUGAAGAGGCUAUUAUUGCUGCAGUUCUAGGUUCAACAACUGAAGCUGGGAAGAGUGAAGAAACUAGCAACAACAAUGCAGUGAUAUUUAAGAGGAAGAUUGACAAGAGACUAAAGGUUUUCCAAGAUAUUACUCUUUCUUUGAGUCCAAAAGCCUGAAUCUGCUAAUAAUUUAGUUUCAUAAUCUUACAUUGGAGAUAAGCUUGUUCUCCUUGACUUCACUUCCUGCAGAAUGGAAGGAGUAUCCACUAAACAUGUAGCAUUUUUUUUUAUUUUUUCUACUACAUAUUUAUGUAUGCCUCAACAAGGCACAUCUCAAUAAAAGAAAAUUAUUGAUCUCA